GAUGAACACUAUACUUCUCUUGCAGAGAAGGUGCAAGUUCUGGAAGCAGAGAUGGAGCGUUUACACAAAGAGAAUGAGAUGCUCAGGUUUUCUCUUCAGAUGAUGAGCAAUAAGUGCCGGAUCCUUCAAGAAACAGCUGUUGGUGUUGCUGCCGACAAUGGCUCAAGUGAAGACUCCAACAAGAGAGCUAAGAAUGAAUUUGCUAAAACCAAAAUGUCUCGAAUCCUUACUAGAACCGAUCCGAGAGACUUUAGUUUUGUGGUGAAAGAUGGAUGCCAGUGGAGGAAAUAUGGACAGAAGGUUACUAAAGAUAACCCAUCACCCAGAGCUUAUUUCAGGUGUUCCAUGUUUCCUGCUUGCCUUGUCAAGAAAAAGGUGCAGAGAUGUGUAGAGGAAAAGUCUAUAUUGGUUGCAACAUAUGAAGGAGAGCAUAACCAUGAGGUUCAAGCACCAAGUGGUUUUACAGAUUUUCAAGAUUGCACAUUCAUGGCCUCAACUACCAAUUCCCAUAGUUUUUCCCCUAAUGAUCUUAAUCUUCCUAAAACAAAUACAACCCUUGGUUUAGCUCUUCCUCAUGUUUAUGAAGGCACCAGCAGAAGGCCAUGCCAUGAUUCCAUGGAUACCUAUAGAAUUGAAGAACAUGUGGCUUCCUUAACUAGAGAUCCUAACUUUCACUGCAGCUUUAUCGAUGGCGAUUGCAAGAUCAAUUGUGACCCUUCCGAUCAUUCUACUGAUCGAUGUAGAAUUUUAUGUUCUUAA